AUGUGCGCAUUCCUGGGCCUGUCGGCGUGGGAGCGCACGGAGCUUUCUCUGUCCUUGUGGGAGCUCUCCCCGACGUCCCUGCGCCGGAGGCGGCCUCUCCUGGGCCGAUUGGCCCGGGAGCACGGGUCGGUCAUUGGGGGGGCAUCGUCCCUCGCCUGGAGCCACUAUAGGGCGUCGGAGAGCCCGUGCCCCCUGCGCCACGAGAUGCAGGGCGACGGCAGCUUCGCCUUCGGCUUCGGCGCCGGGAGGCACGCCCCGGGCCCUGUCCCCGCCUGGACGACCGGCUCUUCGUUCUCACCCGGGGGGGGCCGCAGCCUGCGCACUGCCAGAGGGCUGCCGCGUCGCCGCGCCCCCCCCCCCUUGCUCGGGGGCGCCCCUCGGUCGGUGCGGCGCGGACAAAGCAUCUGGCACCUCCGACUGGGCAGGCUUACCGGGGAGGAGGAGGAGAGGAGGGCCCGAAAGCUGGCCCGCUGUGGUCGACUCUGGCGAGCUCCCCCUCCUCCUGGCCGAGCAUGCCCGCCCGACGGCGUGGCGUGGGCGGGCAUUUUCCCACCAGUUUUCGACGCGCCGGCCUGCUGGAAGCAUCCUGGGAAGCCUCUGCCUGUCGCCGAGUCGGCCGUGAUCGACAGCGCCGCCUGGCGGUCGUCCUUUCUGGGCCCCUUUUGA